CGCAUCAGUGUGAAUGAGGAAGUGAACAGACGGUCGUUUCAGACAACGCUGAACCGAGAGUCGCGCGGUACGGAUAUAAAGUCACAUCACAUUGGACGGAUCGGUUUUGGAUCUUGCCUCUCUUCGAUCACAUCCCAGGGCCCUCUAAAUCAGAGAUGGGUCUUGUGACUUUAAAUCUGUGGUGGACAUCCUGCCUAACAUCUUUAUGAGAUUUAAUAGGCAGCUUUAUUAAACACGUUGUGUAAAUUCACUUACAUAUAUACAAAUAUGGCACCAGUCCCACCUGGCAUCCGCUUCCUGGCGUCCUUUAAUAAAGACCAGUGGUACAGGGCCUUUACAUUUGCUCUCACUUUCCUGCUGUACACUAGCUUCCAUCUAUCCAGGAAGCCUAUCAGCAUUGUCAAGAGUGAACUGCAUAAGAAUUGCACUCAUGUCACGGAGCUGUCGACAGAUAGCAGCAGUCAGCAGCCUGGACUUCACUUGGAUGUAGACUGCAGCUGGAAACCUUUUGAUGGAAGUAACUAUAAGCAGUUACUCGGGGCAAUGGAUUACUCUUUCCUGUGUGCUUACGCUAUAGGCAUGUAUCUCAGUGGAAUAAUUGGAGAGCGUUUGCCCAUUCGUCUGUACCUGACUGUGGGCAUGUUGACCAGUGGCUUUUUCACCUGUCUGUUUGGGCUGGGAUAUGUCUAUGACAUCCAUAGCCUUGGGUUCUAUAUAUUUGUUCAGGUGGCCAAUGGUUUAGUUCAGACCACUGGUUGGCCUAGUGUCGUGACUUGCAUUGGUAAUUGGUUCGGCAAGGGCAGGAGAGGCCUCAUCAUGGGUCUGUGGAACUCUCACACAUCAGUGGGCAACAUUCUGGGCUCUUUGAUCGCUGGAUAUUACGUGUCCUCGAACUGGGGUCUGUCUUUCAUCAUCCCUGGCAUUAUCAUCGCUGCUAUGGGGGUCAUAUGCUUCUUCUUUCUAAUAGAGCACCCUAAUGAUCUGAAGACUGCCAGCGCCCAGAGCUCAGCUCCAAGUAAUCAGAAAAUACAUAAAAACCGGAAUGGUUUGAAUGGACAUAAAGACCUCUACUUGCAGUACAAGCUAGGAAAUAAAGCACAGAGCUGGGAUACUGAGCUUCUCCUGGGGCAGGAGAGCAUUGGCGUGUGUGUUCCUGUGCAGCAGGUGGUGGUGGUGAAGAGUGAGGCAGAACCGUCAGCCAUCAGCUUCAUGGGAGCGUUACGCAUUCCUGGAGUGAUUGAGUUCUCUCUUUGUCUGCUCUUUGCCAAGUUGGUCAGUUAUACCUUCCUUUUCUGGCUUCCCCUGUACAUCACUAAAGCAGCUCACCUAGAUGCCAAAGAAGCUGGAGACCUUUCAACACUGUUCGAUGUGGGAGGCAUUGUUGGUGGUGUCCUGGCUGGAGUGAUCUCUGAUAAGAUGGGAAAGAGGGCCACCACUUGUGCUGUGAUGCUUCUACUGGCUGCACCCACACUCUAUGGCUUCUCUGUGAUGAAGCAGUUUGGCUUGGGGCCCACUAUUGGUAUGCUGCUGGUAUGUGGUGGUUUAGUCAAUGGACCUUAUGCUCUUAUUACGACUGCUGUCUCUGCUGAUCUGGGCACACACAAGAGUCUAAAGGGCAAUGCCAGGGCUCUCUCUACAGUUACAGCUAUUAUAGAUGGCACUGGAUCAGUUGGUGCUGCUGUGGGACCAUUGCUGGCAGGGCUGUUGUCAGCACGAGGCUGGAAUCAAGUCUUUUACAUGCUCAUGACUGCAGACUUUUUGGCACUGCUGCUUUUGCUAAGACUUGUGAUGAAGGAGCUUCGUUCUCACAAGAACCGUCCAGGAGUUGCUGUUGAACUGAAGGAACAUUGAGUACUUUGCACUAACAGAGAGAGAGAAACAGUAAGGGGGAGCACUGGAGACAAAUAUUUAAGUUCAUCUUUUGCAUUAUCUGACCACUUCCUACCCUGGACCACAACUUGAGUUUGGACCAAAACUUGACUGAAACCUGUGUUUAGUCUACAAACUUCUGUUUUAAAAGACUUUAUUUCCUUUUUCAGAUGAGUAAAUAUCUGUUGAAGGUAACAGCACAACAUCUUUGAAGAAACUGUAUUUUCUCAUCAAAUGAUAUUUUCCUCACGAGUCCUGUGGUUGCAGUCUGAGCCUGCAAGCUCUAAUUGAUAUGUCCUUUGAACAUUGUAGCCAAACAAAUGAACAUGAAUUGUAGAUCAAGCCUAAAUAUAUCUCCAGUUAAUGGCAAACUUGCACAACCAGAAGGUAGCCUCCUCUUUGCUUUUAUCAAGGGGAAUCUUAAAUAAAUGCAGUGUAAUUUCUACUCCUAGACCUAGAACCCCUGCCAGGAAUAAAGUGCCUUAUUUAUGAAACACAAGCAAAUCCAUUCUUAAGUAAACUUUUGAAUUGAGUUGCAUGCAACAAAUAACACAAGGAUGGUUAUACGAACGAUUUACAUAGAAACUCGUUCUGCUCGUGUGUCAUGAAUAAGGCCCAUAGAAUGUAUAUAUUUGGUUUAUUUGUUUUGUAUAUAUGCUAAAUCUAUGAUAAAUUACUAUAUUAAUCUGCCUUUCUAUGAACCAAAGCCAAUCCUAUUUGUUGUAUCUUAUAUUUGGACCAGUUCCUUUGUCUUAGAUGUGUCGUACAGUUUGGUGACAUUAAAUGUCCUUAUCCUAUAUUUGCAUGUAGGGGAUCCAUAAGGGGAUUCAGACAUGUAAUUGUUCACUUUAUUUUCUUAUUUAAUUCUAUAUUUAUUUAUUUUUGUUAUCGGAGUCUUUCUCUGCUGGCCUGUGACUUGAAUAAUGUGAAAGAUCAAUAGAUUUUUAGAUUUACUAGAUUUUUAUCUGAACAUUCAAGUACAUGGUUACUAAUUACUACAGUAUACCUUCAGCGCUCCGCUGAUACACAUUUUGUAUAUUCACAUUCAGAGUUCCAUUUUAUGUUAACAAUGUAGGAUACAGUAUUAGGAGACUUUUAAAAGUUUCUCUUAUUCUCAACUUGGUUGUUAGCCUCAAAAAGUGUUCACAUCAAACUCAAUUUGUGCGAUAUUACAAGUCUGUGUGAAUAAAGCAAAAAAGCCUCUUGACCAUAAUUUUAGGACUUGCACCUGCCUUCUGCAUUCAUGAAUAUUUAAGGUGUAUAUUUGAAUGUUCAGAUUACUGUAGGACUUUGUUGCUCUGCAGUGCUAGAGGUACAUGUAGAUAUUAAACUGGACCUCUUACAUAAUAUGUUUAGCACGUGUGCAUUUGUCCAUAAAGGACCCUGCACUCUAGAUAAUUGAAUGUAUCUGUAUAAUUUAUGGGUAGCACCUUGGUGUAAUGAGAAAAAAAAUACAUUGUGCCUUUUUUCUAUUUGCUUUCUUGUAUAUGGGUGUCUUUUGAGUGUUCAUUUUUAAUUUACUAUCGGCUGCUUUACAAAAUCUCAUGUAACAAAUAGAGUUUUGGGAAUUAUCUGUAUAUUGUGUUGCUGUGUGUUUAAAGAGAACAUUCUAAAUAAAACAAACUCAAA